AUGUAUAAAUUCUCACAGAGAGCGUUCAGCUCUAGUGCUAGAAUAUUGAAUUCAUCAGUACCACCAAUUCCUCCCAAGAAGCCUUUAUUUUCUAGAAUUUGGAAGAACACAAAGAGAGUUACCUUCUUGACUAUCUUUGGUAUCACUGCUAGUGUUUCCUAUAAGGUUUACAAGGAAUCGUACCCAGCAGAUCAACUCAAGCAAACCUCAAGUUUCCCUAACGGACAAAAGAAGAAGACCUUGGUGUUACUUGGUUCUGGUUGGGGUUCUAUUUCAUUACUUAAGAAUUUAGAUACUACCUUGUAUAAUGUUGUCAUUGUUUCACCAAGAAACUAUUUCCUUUUCACUCCCUUAUUACCAUCCUGCCCAACCGGAACCGUAGAAUUACGUUCCAUUAUUGAACCUGUUAGAUCCGUUACCAGAAGAAGCCCCGGUGAAGUUAUUUACUUGGAAGCUGAAGCUACCGAUAUUGAUCCCCUUAACAAUACGAUUACUUUGAAGCAAUCCACCACUGUCCACUCCGGUCACUCUGGUAAAGAUACAUCUUCAUCGAAAUCUACUGUUUCGGAACACUCCGGUGUCGAAGAGAUCACUACCUCAUUGACUUACGACUACUUGGUUGUCGGUGUUGGUGCUCAACCAUCUACCUUUGGUAUCCCCGGUGUUGCUGAGCACUCCACUUUCUUGAAGGAAGUCAGUGACUCCCAAAAGAUUAGAAAGAGAUUAAUGGACUGUAUUGAAGCCGCCAACAUUUUACCAAAGGAUGAUUCUGAAAGAAAGAGAUUAUUGUCAAUUGUCGUCUGUGGUGGUGGACCAACCGGUGUUGAAGUUGCUGGUGAAUUACAAGAUUACAUUGACCAAGAUUUAGCUAAAUGGAUGCCUGAAGUUUCUGGUGAAUUGAAGGUUACCCUUGUCGAAGCUCAACCUCAUGUCUUGAGUAUGUUCAACAAGAAAUUAAUUGACUACACUAAGGAAGUUUUCCAGGCUACCAACAUUGAUUUGAAGACAAACACUAUGGUUAAGAAAGUCAGUGACAAGGUUGUUACCGCUCAAGUUACCUCACCAAAGGAUGGCUCUUCUGAAGUAGUUGAAAUUCCAUACGGUAUGUUAAUCUGGGCUACAGGUAACGCCUUGAGACCGAUUGUUAGAAACUUGUCUUCCAAAUUAGAUGAACAAAAGAACGCAAGAAGAGGUUUAUUGGUCGAUGAAAGAUUAUUGGUUGAUGGUACAAACAACAUUUAUGCCUUGGGUGAUUGUACAUUCACCAAGUUUGCUCCAACCGCUCAAGUUGCCUUCCAAGAAGGUAUUUACUUAGGAAAGCAUUUUGAAAAAUUACACCAAAUUGAAUCUAUUGAACAUCAAUUGGCCAAUCCUUCUAAUAUCGAAGGUAACGUUGAUUCAGAAAGAUUAUCUAAGAAGUUAUUCAAGUUAAAGGAAAAAUUGCCAAUUUUCAAGUACAACCAUCAAGGUUCAUUAGCUUACAUUGGAAGUGAGAGAGCCGUAGCUGAUUUGGUUUGGGGUGAUUGGUCCAAUGUUACAACUGGUGGUACCAUCACUUUCUUAUUCUGGAGAUCUGCUUACAUCUACAUGUGUCUUUCGGUCAAGAACCAAAUCUUAGUCAGUUUAGAUUGGCUCAAGGUUUCCAUGUUCGGAAGAGAUUGUUCUAAGGAAUAA